AUGUUUUUCGUUCCUUCUUCAUAUAAGGACAAUAUUCACAAGCUAGCCGGCUGCUUAUUAAGACGACCUCAGCACCAAAAUUCCAUGCAUUUCAAAAGGAAAUGGCUAAUAUUUUUAUUACUAUCUAUCUAUCUAUCUAUCUAUCUUAGUCGGUUUAUAUCUAUCUGUUAUCUUGACCUAUUCAUCUCUCCCUCCCUCUCUCCCCUUCUAUCUCUCUAUCUAUCCCGGUCUGUUCUGGUCCAUCUUUCUAUUAUCUCCGUGUGUUAUCUAUCUAUCUAUCUAUCUAUCUAUCUAUCUAUCUAUCUAUCUAUCUAUCUAUCUAUCUCUUCUGUCGCUGUUUUUAUUUCUUCUAUCUAUCUAUCUAUCUAUCUAUCUAUCUAUCUAUCUAUCUAUCUAUCUAUCUCAUUCUGUUCGUAUCUAUCUAUCUAUCUAUCUAUCUAUCUAUCUAUCUAUCUAUCUAUCUAUCUAUCUCAUUCUGUUCGUAUCUAUCUAUCUAUCUAUCUAUCUAUCUAUCUAUCUAUCUAUCUAUCUAUCUAUCUAUCUCAUUCUGUUCGUAUCUAUCUAUCUAUCUAUCUAUCUAUCUAUCUAUCUAUCUAUCUAUCUAUCUUCCCGGUCUGUAUCUGUCAUUUUCUUCCUAAUAUCUAUCUAUCUAUCUAUCUAUCUAUCUAUCUAUCUAUCUUCACCCUACUUACCAUGUCACUACAGGAUAUUAUUACAAGUUGUGCAGACCACCUUCUCUUAUCCGCAUUGAUACUUACCAUUUUGCUUUUACACAACCGCCACCCAUCAUCAUCAUCAUCCCAGCCAACCGCCUUCCCAAACAUCCCCCAACCCUCUGCAUACCAAUCUACCUUUUCUUCUGCCCCUGCUCAAUACAUAACAAUACCCAUUUGUGACUAG